AUGCAGGAAAAAUAAUAGAAAUAAUAGCAAUAGGAACAAAAAAAGUCUGAAUUUUAUAUAGGAAAGUUUUUCUGUUAAUUUUAAUGUAAUGGCAAAAUGACCGGUAAAAAUUAAUUAAAAGUAAAACUUAAGAUUUUUGACUAAAAAAAAACAAUUAAGUAAUUGAAAAAGAAGAAGUUAUAUGUUGUUAGUAAUGAUAUUGAUUAAUAUGAAUAUAACAGAAUAGUUUGUAAGGUAAAAAAAGGGAAAGAAAUUGUUAAGAAAAUAUAUAAUAAUCACGGAAAAAUUUUGCAUUUAUAUGAUGAAAUAUGGUUUUUUUUAUUGAAUGCUGGUUAUGUUAAAUUAAGAGUGAAAAUAAUAAAAUUAAAUGAAUCAGAUGUUGAAAUUGCUGAAGUUUCUGUUUAUUUAACUUAAUAAGCCAUAGAUGAUGAUUAUGAAAUGAAGAUUAAUAGAUAUAACAAAAAGACAGAAAAAUUAAAUAAUGUAGAGGAAAAUCAAAUGGAAUUGUUAAAAUAUGCAAGACUAUCUUUAUUAUUGAUGUUUGAUUUUAUGAAUGUAACAGUUGAAGAAAAUUGUUUAAUUAAAUAAAACAAGUAAUUUAAAAUCUUCUUUGCAUAAUAUUGUCAAUUCUUUUAGAAAUCAAAAAUGAAUUUUUAAGUAAAAAGUUUGCUUAAACCAUAUGCAAGACCUAUUAUAGAGAAGUAACAAGUAUUUGAGAAUUAUCUAAAUAGUAAAAGGUUUAAUAAUAAUUUAUUUGAAAAAAAGUUGAUACAAGACUUAGUUGUAUAUUAAACAGGUCCUUCAACUUUUGUAUCUCAAUAUAAGAAAUAAUAUUCCCCAAAAAUGGAAGAGAUCUAUCCAAUUCACCAUGAUUUAUUUUAAAGGAUAGGCUUAGAAUUUUUUUAAUAUGUUAAAGCCUUCAUAAAGCGUUCAAAAAAUUCAGUUGAUAAUCAGUUUGCUGAGAUUUAUGAUGAUUAUGUUUUAAGGACUGUAUUUUUAUGUACUUGUGAGAUAUCAGAAAAAAUUUAGAAAGAUUCCAUUUAUACAAAUUAACAUAAAAAUUUAAUAAAAGUUCGUAAAUAAAUUACAGAAGCUUUAAGUAGAUCAAAUAAGGACUAACUCAAUUUAUUGAGUGAUAAAAAUCUUAAAAUUUAUUAAUAUACAAAGAAUACAAUCCAUGAUUUAUAUUUUAUUGACUUUAAAAUAAAUCGAAGAUCUAUUCAACAAUAUCAAUAAGUUUUUAGUUAAUUCUUUUAACCUAGGUUCUAUUAUUAGUAUAACAAUUAAGGAUAUAGUGAGAUGGAGAAGUAUAUACAAAAAUAAAUAUUUGAGGAGAUUAAGGAAUAAAUUAAGUAUUAAAAAACAAAUUUAGAAUAGAAUAAAUAAGAUAUAAAUGAUAUUUUUCUUAUCAAUAAUCUGAUUCUUAAAGAAUAUAAUACUCCAAAAUUAAUGAUUUCUGAACUUAAAAAACAUUAAAAAGAAGCCUUAUUUUGGAUGCUUUAUAGAGAAGGACAUAUUAAUGAUCAUUAAUUAUAAUAGAAGUAACAAUUGUCUCCAUUAUGGUAGGAAUAUAAAUUAUAAGGUGGUGAAUCAUUAUAUGUCAAUAUGUUUACAGGUAAAGUAUCUAAAGAAAAAGUGACAAUUCAAGAGACUAAGGGAGGUAUAUUAGCAGAUGAAAUGGGUUUAGGGAAAACUUUGAUGGCUUUGGCAUUAAUAUUGGAGACUCUUAAAAGUGAACAAUAGACAUUGAUUGUAGUUCCAAAAUCAGUAAUAAAAUAAUGGGAGAAGGAAAUCUUUAAGCAUUCAAAACCUGAAAGUUUAAAAGUCUUAGUUUAUUAUAAGAAGAAGGAUAGAAAAAAUAAGAAGACAGAUUUUAAAAACUUUAAUAUAAUACUAACUACAUAUGCAGUAUUAAGUAUGGAUUUUUAGAUUUGGAAUUAAAUUAAUAAUAUUAAUAUUGAAUAAGAUGGACAUAUAGAUGAGAGUGAUAGUUUUGUUGAAAGAGUUCAAUCUAUUGAAGAAUAUAGUGAAUUAUCUAAUACUAUGGAUAUUUAUGAUAGUAGUUCAGAUGAUGAUGAUAAUUAAUAAAGUUAGUUCUAUAAUAAUCCUUUUUAUGAGUAUUAAAAUGAGAAGAGAAAGUAGGAGAGAUAAUUGAAAUAGCAAUUAAAAUAGAAAUAAAAAUAGGAGAUGUAGGAAAAAUAAAAAAAGAAAAGGUAAUUGAAUCCAUAACAAUUGGAGAUAGCUAAGGAACAUAAUAAUUUAUUUAAAUAGAAAUAUCAUAGAGUUAUUUUAGAUGAAGCUCAUAACAUUAAAUUUAGAUAAACAUUGUAAUCAAAAAGUGCAUAUAGUUUGGAAGCUGAUUUUAGAUGGUGUUUAACAGGAACUCCUAUGUAAAAUAAACAUGAUGAUCUAUUUAGUUUGUUAUAAUUUCUAAGAGUUGAAACAUUUUCUGAAUAGUAAAUUAAUCAAUUUCAUUUAUAGUUUUUGGUGGAAUACCUAUAUAAAUAAGGAAGAAAAUGAAGAAGAUUAAUAGAGAAUAUUAUCAUAGAUAUUAUAACCUAUAAUUUUAAGGAGGACUAAGAAUUCAUAAAGAUUUGAUGGUCUUAAUUAAGUGGAUGAAGAAAUAUGUUGGGUUGAAUUAAAUGAAAAAGAAUAAAUAUUGUAUUAAAAAUUAUUAGCUGGUUCUUAAGAUAUAUUUAAACAUUUUACAAUUGAUAAAAAUAAUAAAUCUUAUGUACAUAUAUUCUAAAUCAUUAAUAAAUUAAAAUUAGCAUGCAAUCAUCCAUAAUUAGCAUUAAAAGAAAUUAAUUUAGAUAAAACACCUAUAGAAGAAGUUAUUGACAAAAUUAAUUAAUUCUUCAGCAACAAAUAAAAAAGUACUAAUAUGACAGAGGUUUACAAAAAAUCAUUAGUAGAAAAUAUUAGAAAUGGAGAUGUAUAAGAAUGUGAAAUUUGUACUAAUACUUAAAUAGAUACUUUUUGUUUGUCUUCAUGUGGUCAUAUAUUUUGUAAAAAGUAAUACAUAUAUUAUAUUUAUAGAUGUUUCACUUAAGCUAUAAAUUAAUAAUAAAUAUGUCCAGUCUGUAGAACAACAUUAUCUAUAACUGAUUUGAUUGAAAUCAAAGUUGAAAAUGAAAAUGAUUUUGAAGACUUAAAAACAUUAAAAUUUGGUCUUAGUUCUAAAUUAGUAUCCAUUUUAAAUAAAACUAAAAUUGUAUAGUAAUAAAAAGAGAAAGUAUUGAUAUUCACAUAAUCAAUUGAUAUGAUUUAAUUAAUUGAUAAUCUAUUUUAAGACAAUGGAAUCAUUGCCUAUAGGAUUACUGGAUAGAUGAGUGUUGAUAAAAGAGAAAAAAUAAUAAAAUAAUUCAAAGAUUCAUUAGAUGCAAUUGCACUCUUAUUAUCAUUAAGAGCUACAUCAACAGGAUUGAAUCUUACUAUGGCAAAUAAUGUAUUUUUAGUUGACCCUUGGUGGAAUGUAAAUUAAUGAAUAAAUUAUCAAGCCUGCCAUUGAAGAUCAAGCUAUUGGAAGAGCUGACAGAAUUGGAUAAUUAAAUUAAGUUAAAGUUGUUAGAUUUUUAUGUAGAAAUACUAUUGAAUAAUCAAUCAAUUUGUUGCAUUAACAAAAGAGAUUUUAAAAUAAAAGAGCAUUUAGUGGAGAGGCUAAAAAGGCAUAAGAAUUGUAAGAUUUCAAAUUUAUAUUAUUUCAGUAAUGA